AAAUGGUUCUAGAUUCGACCUCCGUAUUGAAAAACAUCCAUCUGAGUGACAUCCCACAUGCUAAGCUAUACGAGAAUGGCUUCCCCACAGGAGAAGCAGAGGAGGCUUUCCAAGCUUCGGGUAUCAUCUUUGAAACAUUCGAAGCUCUGGAACACGAUGUUUUCGAUGCAAUCAAGCCCAUGUUUCAACAUGUGUAUGCCGUUGGCCCCCUCCAAAUGCUGCUCAACUCGGCUACCACUGGCUCCGGUGAUCAUCUCGAAUCAGUUCCCUUCAAUCAACGUGGAGACGAAAUCCGUUGCCUGAAAUGGCUAGACUCCAUGGAACCCAAUUCAGUUGUAUACAUAAGCUUUGGUGAUCUCGCGGUCAUGACCCCGCGACAACUAUGUGAGUUUGCCUUGGGCAUUUGCAAUAGCAACCAGCCAUUUCUUUGGAUGAUUACACCAGAUUUCGCCAAGAGCCAAUUGGCGAUUCUGCCACUUGAGUUCUUGGAAAAGACUAAAGAAAGGGGUCUGAUAGCCACAUGGUGCCCCCAGGAGCAAGUUCUUGCCCACCCUUCAGUGGGAGUGAUCGUGAGUCAUUUUGGGACUAGCUCAAUGCUUGAGAGCAUUUGUGCUGGAGUGCCUAUGAUCGGUUGGCCGUAUUUUGGUCAUGACCAUCAAGUGACUUGCCGGUACAGCUGUAACCGAUGGGGUAUCGGGAUGAAGAUCAACGAGGAUAUGGAGAAGGAAGAAGUGGAAAGCCUAGUUCGCGAGUUGAUGGAGGGAGACGAGGGUAAAGCGAUGAAGAGGAAGGCGAUGGAGUGGAAGAAACUAGCAGUUGAGGCCACCAGUAAAGGCGGGUCAUCGUCGAAAAAUUUCAACAGCCUUUUGAAGGCAUUAUCAAGGUCACAAAACUUCAUGGGUCAUCAAAUUCUCAGCUCCUUAUAAGUUUGGUAGGUUAGGUUAGCUAAUGUUACGUUUCUUUUCUUUUCCUGUCGUGCUAUGAACUGCUCAAUUAGGUUGGUCUCCAGGGUAUUAACGGAGGUGCACUUAAACUGGCCACCCUAAAAUAUCAAAAGGUUAGAUUAGUCAAUGAUAUGUAUCCCUGUAAUUAUGAGUAAUGAGUGUUCUUAAUUUAUUAGUCAGUUUGAA